CUUCCUUCGCGGUUCGAACAGUUCGCCCGAGACGAGACGGGGAUGCCUCCGCGGGCACCGCCGCCGGCGGCGUUCCCGUCCCUGGACGCUUACUACCUCCACCACCUUCGCUCCUGCUCGACGCCGCGCCACGCCGCCGCCGUCCACGCCCACAUCGUCCGUGCCCACCCUUUCCCGUCCCUCUUCCUCCGCAACACGCUCCUCGCCGCGUACUGCCGCCUCGGCGGCCCCGCGCGCCGCCUGCUCGACGAAAUGCCCCGCGCUAACGCCGUCUCCUUUAACCUCCUCAUCGACGCCUACUCCCGCGCUGGACAGACUGAGGUCUCCCUGGCGACCUUCGCGCGCGCGCGCCGUGCCCCCGGCGUCAGGGCCGACCGGUUCACGUACGCGGCCGCGCUCGCCGCGUGCUCGCGGGCCGGGCGCCUGAGGGAGGGCAAGGCCGUGCACGCGCUGGCCGUCCUCGAGGGGCUCGCCGGGGGCGUGUUCGUCUCCAACUCGCUCGUCAGCAUGUAUGCCAGGUGCGGCGACAUGGGACAGGCGAGGCGGGUGUUUGACGCCGCCGAGGAGCGGGACGACGUCUCGUGGAACGCGCUGGUCUCUGGCUAUGUGCGCACUGGUGCGCACGAUGAGAUGUUGAGGGUGUUUGCUCUGAUGCGCCGUUCUGGGAUGGGCUUGAAUUCUUUUGCUCUUGGCAGUGUCAUCAAGUGUUGCGCUGGCAGCGAUAACUCUGUGAGGGAUAUUGCCGCGGCGGUUCAUGGAUGCGUGGUGAAGGCUGGGUCGGACUCUGACGUGUUUCUUGCGAGCGCGAUGGUUGACAUGUAUGCGAAGAAAGGUGCAUUGAGUGAAGCUGUUGCGCUCUUCAAGUCAGUGCUUGAUCCCAAUGUGGUUGUGUUCAAUGCCAUGAUUGCGGGGCUGUGUCGUGAUGAGGCUGCUGUCGGUAUGGAUGUCCUUAGAGAAGCGUUAAGUCUGUAUUCAGAGGUGCAGAGUCGAGGAAUGGAGCCUACCGAGUUCACAUUCUCCAGUGUCAUACGAGCUUGUAACUUGGCAGGUGACAUUGAAUUCGGAAAACAGAUACAUGGACAAGUACUGAAGCAUUGUUUCCAGGGAGAUGACUUCAUUGGGAGUGCACUGAUUGACUUGUACUUCAACUCUGGCUAUAUCGAAGAUGGGUUCAGGUGUUUCAGAUCUGUUCCGAAACAAGAUGUCGUCACGUGGACAGCGAUGAUUUCAGGGUGUGUUCAAAAUGAGCUUUUCGAGAGGGCACUGACCUUGUUCCAUGAAUUAUUGGCUGCUGGACUGAAACCUGACCCUUUCACUAUAUCGAUAGUGAUGAAUGCUUGUGCCAGUUUGGCUGUUGCAAGGACUGGUGAGCAGAUUCAGUGCUUUGCCACAAAAUCUGGUUUUGGUCGGUUCACUGCCAUGGGAAAUUCCUGCAUACAUAUGUAUGCUAGAUCAGGGGAUGUGGAUGCUGCAGUCCGGAGGUUUCAGGAGAUGGAAUUACACGACGUUGUGUCUUGGUCUGCUGUAAUAUCAAGCCAUGCACAGCAUGGCUGUGCUAGGGAGGCUUUACGUUUUUUCAGUGAAAUGGUAGAUGCAAAGGUGGUGCCAAAUGAGAUUACCUUUCUCGGUGUCCUUACUGCAUGUAGCCAUGGAGGAUUGGUUGAUGAGGGACUCAGGUAUUAUGAAAUCAUGAAAAAUGAGUAUGCAUUGAGUCCAACCAUAAAGCAUUGCACAUGUGUUGUUGAUCUCCUUGGCCGAGCUGGGAGACUAGCUGAUGCUGAGGCUUUUAUAAGGGAUUCAAUCUCCCAUGAUGAACCUGUCAUCUGGCGGUCUUUGCUAGCAUCAUGUCGUAUCCAUCGAGACAUGGAGAGAGGUCAACUUGUUGCAGAUAGGAUAAUGGAACUACAACCCGGUUCCUCAGCAUCCUAUGUAAAUCUCUACAACAUUUACCUGGAUGCUGGGGAGCUCUCGUUAGCUUCAAAAAUUAGAGAUGUGAUGAAAGAGCGAGGUGUGAAGAAAGAACCUGGUCUGAGUUGGAUUGAACUAAGGUCCGGGGUUCACUCUUUUGUUGCCGGUGACAAGUGCCAUCCAGAGAGCAACACAAUAUAUGCGAAACUGGCAGAGAUGCUUUCCAAGAUUGAUAAACCGACAGCCACUGAUGCUUCUGGCACAAAGUCAGAUGACAUCACUAGAAACAAGCAAAGUUGGAUGAAUUGGCACAGUGAGAAACUAGCUGUGGCAUUAGGAUUGAUUCAUUUACCACAGUCAGCACCUAUACGAGUAAUGAAGAACCUGAGAGUCUGCCGUGACUGCCAUUUAGCUAUGAAAUUGAUAUCGAAGAGUGAAAAGAGGGAAAUAAUCUUGAGAGAUGCUAUUCGUUUCCAUCACUUCAGAGAUGGCUCAUGUUCUUGUGCGGAUUACUGGUAGUGGCUACUUACUAGUGCAGUGGUUCCAAAGUUGAAUCCUUGAAGAUAAAUCUGACACGUUGGCAUACCUAUUUAGUUACCAUAGUUAGGAGUGAAAAUCAUUUUUCAGCAGAGGCCUAGGGAACGUAAACUCCUGAAGCUUUAUAGCCAAUAAGUUAUUCAGGGUGUACGGCACCAGUGUGGUGUUCUGAUUCUUUAAAAGACAGUUCUCUGUAUUGCUUUUCUCCCAUUUAGGAUUAAGAUCUGUAGGGGCAUAUUGCAGCCUUGCGAUGAUUUAAUCCUAUUACAUUUCUGCCAGCAGGAAGAAAGGCGCCUUAAACUCCUAAAAAGUGGCCUCCGCCAAACUGAAUGGUUGAGUACACUGAAUCACCUCCAAGGCAUCGUGCUGAUUCUCCUAUUCGCCAUUGACCAGAUCCAUCCCCUGUUAGGCAUGGUGACAGAAGACCAGGAUCUCCAAUUAGAAAAUAUUCUCUCCUUCACCACCUGUAAGGCACACGUCGCCAAUGCGGAGGGUUUGUGGCAGCUCAUCACCUCGUAGAUACUCACCCGGGCCUCCUAGAAGGCGGUCACCACCCCCAAGGAGACUGAGCAGCCCUUCGAGAAGGUCACCACCACCACCACCUCCAAGUCGUCAUAGUCGCUCCCCUCCUCUUCACUCUUGCUCCAGAUCAAUUUCUCCAUAUAGAACCAGAGGACCUCUUACAUUGAGGCUGGCGUGGAAGGCGAGAUUCAUCCAACUCUGCAUCACCCAGUCCUCUGAGGAAGGCGAGUGCAACAUGUGUAGUGGUCUGUGUAGGAAACAUGACUAGUUGAAUGCUUGCUGCUUGCUUGUGUUUUGUUGGCCAUGCGAGGCGACCUUAGAGAGAUCAAGGAGCCGCAAUCCUAGAAGAAGGAGCAUCUCGAGCGACAGUGGGAGCAGCAGCACCCGCCUUCCCGGAGGCAUAGGUACUAGAAGGAAACUCGGGGCAAACUGGGGAUAACCCGGGCCGAAACAGGGCAAACCAAGGGGGCGAACGAUCAUGGAUGUGGCUGGAUAUGCUUGGUGGAGUCCUGGAUUUCGCACCGAGAGGCUUUGACUGUGCAUUGAUUGAAAAUCUGGACAUUAUUCAGUCUGUCUCAUUUGAAAAUCGAUGAGUUUUUUUUUACUAGUUGAUCGUUCGAUCUGCUCGUAUGUGAAGUUGAUAUUUUUUUUGUUCAUGGAUUGUUGGUGUCACAUUUGGAAUGCGCUUGCCGCUUGGAUCUUCAUGUACCAGUGUUUACUAAGCUUU